UCAAUAUUGCGCUUCCAAUUCACUUACAAAUAAACCCAAUCCGCACAUCCACAAAUCCACAAAUCCGCAUAUUGAUUAGUUUAUAUCAACAAACAAACCGUUCUCACGAACUUCUACCCCAAAAUCAAAACUCAAUUAUGGGAACAUAAAAAAGUUUUUCGGUUGUACUGUGUUUUUUUAUAAGAGUAGUGUUUAUAUUUGCUCCGUCGUAACUCGUUGCGUGCUUCAAUUACCCAACGAUUACCCAGUUUUGGAUUUGUGUUAUUUUUUUUGUUUUUGAUUUGAAAAUUUAUUAAAUCAUGUCGGAACGUUCCGAAAAACUUCAACGAAUGAAUUCAUUCAACAAAAUCCUAAAUACCUACAACAUAUGUACCCAAAAUAUAUUAUUCCUACCGAGUUUACUAAUAUGGUUAAGAAGUUCGAUUCUCCAAGAAUACGUCGAUAAAUGCAUAAAAAAUUUAAAGCUUUACGCAUACACAAAUGUGACGCAAUAUUUCACUAAAAAACAAACGACAGUACCAUCGACAAAACGGAAAGAAGAACCAACGUUACCACCGAAAGUGCUCUCAAAACGUGAAUUAUUCGAAAGACAAUUAUCAACAGUACCUGAAGUACCAACACAAAAAGAUGGUAGUCGGGUUUUUUUAAAGGCAUUAGUUUACUUAAGUUUAGUGCUUGUAUAUACACAAAUCUGUGUCUUAAUUUAUGUACUAACGUUAAGUCAAAUCACCUGGGGUAUGGCAUUCUUGUUGGUUGCUGCGCUCCAAAUUAUUGGAGUUGGUAUGGUUUUAAUGCGACCGGCACCACUUGGUACAAAUAAAUUUGUUAAAAGAAAACAACGGAAUGUUUCGAAAACAAACAAAAGUUUAGCUGUACGAAAAUUUGACUUAUCGAAAACAAUUAGUAAAGUAAAAAUAUUAUAAGUGACAAAAAAAAAAGACAAUUAUUUUUUAA